UGCCUGUCGACGCUGCGUCGUGGUUGGUAACGGAGGAGUGCUUCGAAAUAAGACACUAGGGGAGAAAAUUGACUCAUAUGAUGUCAUCAUAAGGAUGAACAAUGGCCCCGUGGUGGGGUACGAAGAGGACGUCGGGAGGAGGACGACCUUCCGCCUCUCGUACCCAGAGUCCAUCUUCUCAGAUCCCAUCCACUAUGACCCCAACACCACUGUUGUCCUCAUCGUCUUCAAACCACGGGACUUGAAGUGGCUUUGGGAGAUACUGAGUGGUCAGAAAAUAAGUGCUAAAGGCUUUUGGAAGAAACCAGCUCUGAACAUGAUAUACAAAUCAAGUCAGAUCAGGAUUCUUGAUCCCAGCAUCACCAGAAAAACAGCUUAUGAGUGGCUUCAUUUCCCAACAAGGUUUCCCAAGAAGGAGAAGCCCAAGCACCCCACGACAGGGCUGAUUGCCAUUACCCUGGCAUUCCACAUAUGCCAUGAAGUUCACCUGGCAGGCUUCAAGUAUGACUUCACUGACAGGAACAGCUCCUUACACUACUAUGGCAACGACACCAUGGCUCAGAUGAUGCAGAAUGAAUACCACAACAUCAACGCUGAGCAGAAGUUUCUGAAGAAGCUUAUAGACAAGAACUUUGUGGUCAAUUUGACAUGAAAGCUGAAUGGA